CUCCUUCUCUCUUCUGCAGUGUCUAUGUGUCUCAGUCUCUGACCUUCCACAAGGACCAUGCAAGACUUCGCUCCCAGGUUUUAUGUGACUCCCGUCAAGGAUGAAGAAGCAGAGUCUCAGAGGAAAGCAAAGUCCCGUCAUGCCAGACAAACUCGCCGGUCAACACAGGGUGUGACUCUUACAGACCUGAAAGAGGCUCAGAAGACCUACAGCCUGUCUGGUCAGGACAGAGAGAAUGAGGAUGGAGACACUCAUAAAGAAAGGUCCGAUCUGAGGGGAUGCUUUACAGAACACAAGGAGGACAAGACUGAAGUGGAAAUGUCUGCAGAAACGCCCGAUAACAAUCUGAAAUGGAGCAAAGUGGACAAGGAGGGGAACCUUGAGCCACAGUUAGAAACCCUUGCUGAGGCUUCAAACCUGGCUUACUUUCCUCUGUCCGGAACAUGUGGUUUGGCUUAUAGCAACAGCUCCUGCAGAGUUGGUGAGAGAUGGUGGAGGGAUGAAAAUCAAAACCUUGCUGAAGAUGCAGCACAGCCGAUCUUUUCUUCAAAGUACCAACAAAGACACGCCUGCUGUGACGCUGAAGACUCGAGCUUUGUCCCACAGUGGACAUUUUUAGCCCUCAGCUUUGAAUGUGUCCACAGCAGAGCCUUUGGCGGGCUGCCACGCAGAGCUGCCAAGGCUGCAGAGAGCAGAGAGGAGCAGAAAGGACUGAGCAAGGGACUGGAUCUGGAUCUGGCUGCUGGGGUGGAAGAGAAGGAGCGGGAGGCUGACCAAACAGUGCAGCACUAA